GACUUGGACUACGUCUCUGACAGAGGCGAUUCGGGAUUGUCGACCAUGAUACCACUGUUUCAACUUAUCGGAACAGCGGUCAGCGAGCUGCCAUGGGAAACCCAACAUCCUACAGACCUUUCCAGAGCACUCUAGAAUACCUUUCGAAUGUAAUUUCACUGGCGGAAAAAUGUCGGUUUCCUCGCUGUGUUACCAUCAAAUGCAUUUCCAUAACCUCAGUUCGUGGCCAAUUGCACGGAUGCUGUCACGCUGGAUUUUAGGGUGCCAAUUACGGGCCUCUUGGGGAAAAAAAGUAUACGAGAUUGGCAUGCGGAUGGGCCGCUCUAAGGUCAUUAUGAAUGUGGGUUCAAGUUUUCACGUUUACACACAUUUAUUUCAAUAUCCGUUGGCAUUUCACCCUCACGGCUUCUUAUUUGACCAGACUUUGUCUGGCUUUGACUAUCAAGCACAUGUGAUGAUGACACAGUUGGGGAGAGUACUCUCGAUUGAAUGGCAGGGUAAAAGUCGGGGAUUCGGGGGUCCAAGGUAUGCUAGCUCAUAUUCGGGAGGGCAUGUGACGCUUAGGUGGAGCACAGACAGGAGAGAGACGCCAAUUGUGAAACAAAAGGCAGAUCAUGUGGAGCUUAAGUGGAGCGCAGACAGGAGAGUCACGCGUUUUGGUUCCACGGAACCAAACAUUUCGUACAUACAUAUGUUAGAAGAGGAGCUUAAGUGGAGCGCAGACAGGAGGGUCACGCGUUUUGGUUCCACGGAACCAAACGUUUCGUACAUACAUCUAACAUAUGUGACAGGUGUAAAAUCUGUGGAAAUGGUGUACAUAGCAGCAUGUCCUCCAUCGAAUGUCCGACACAGUACAACCAUUGUCUCCAUAAAGUUAAAUUGUCAGCACUGCAAAAGCGUAAGUUUCCCAUCGUCAUAGGUAUGUAACCCAAAUAUGUGAUUUAUCAACUUGAAAAAUCGUAUCCGUUUGGUAUCCGUAGUACAUUACACCAAUUGUGUCCAUGCAGUACGAGGCGGGUUGACAACGGCAGAGGCAAAUGUUCUUGUGAAUGUCCAGCGCGCAACAGGAUCAGAAAAAACUACAAGUAAUGGUGGAUAAUCUAAAGAAUGCGAAUGAUAUAGAUGAGAGAUGAAUUCAUUACAGAUUAUUGCAUAGGGUGCAGUUGAAAUGAAUUCUAUUGCGGAAGGCGGCAGCUAGGGAGAGCAU